AUGUCAAAGAUACGUUACAAGACAUUAGCAACAGAUGAAAAUUAUGACAUUGAGGAGCCUUGUCAUCCUACAGUCCGGUCAUCUACCAGUUUUUGCUCUCUUCUGACCUUUAAGUGGAUGAAUAGUAUCUUCAAAACAGGAAGCAAGAGACCGCUGAACCAGUCAGACUUUUUGCCGCUACACGAGAAUGACAGAACACGUGACCUGACGGAGCAACUUCAGAAAGAAUGGAAUGACCAGGUAGAGGAAUGUAAUAUCGAGGCCACAGGUGGAAAGAAACCUAAACUCUGGAAAUGUAUCUUGAGAAUGCUUCCUUGGAGGGAGAUUGUCUUACUAAUGAACUUUUGGUUCAUGGAAUCCUUGUUUCGCAUUUCUCAGCCCCUUGUUCUGGGUUUACUCAUCCAUUUGCUGAGCUCGACUGAGAAGCCGGAUCAUGCUCUUGUAUACGUUUUCUGUUUUCUCUUAGCAAUGGGUGGAUUGUCCACCGCCUGUACACAUUAUUCCGCCUACAGAUUUGAGUUGCUUGGUAUGAGGCUCAGCAGUGCUCUGAAAGGAAUAAUUUACUUAAAGGUAUGCUUGUAUAUAUGUGUUUUGAGACUACUGCAAAGCUGAUAACAACGUGUAUUGAUUUUUUAACAAUAUUCAGAAUAUUUCGGCUGGUACUAAGUAAAUGGAGAAUGUCGCAAUAAAAAUUGUUUAAAAGAGAGAGAGUCGGAAAUGACGUACAAUAUAAAAAUAGAUAAGGAUACAGAUUACAAUUCGUCACGGCGGUUUAGGCCAUAAGGUUCAAGAGUCGUGGUCUUCUCUAACAAAUUUAGCUUAGGGACUGAGUCGGUUGUUCAGUUCAUAGCGCGCGCUAAUCAACAAAUAAAUCACUUUCCAGCGAUUAAGUAUGAAAACCAAUUGCCAACUAACAAUAUUUACACUUAAACGAGUUUUUAGUAAGCCUUCGAAUUGUUUUUCUGCAGAUCCCCCUCAUUAGUCAACAAAACCUUAGAGAAACUACAGAGGGUAAUAUCAUUUCCCUGAUAUCAAAUGAUGUCCAGAGAAUAGAACUGGCUCCCAGAUGGAUUCUAACUUCUCUGUUGGCUGUUUUCGAGUUGGUCGCUGUAAUCUGUUUAGUUUUUUACCUCGUCGGCUGGCAGGCAUUAAUGGGAAUAUUAUUCCUGAUUGCGUUAAUCCCUCUGGUCAUGAAAAUAUCGUCUAUCUGCGCGCGAUUACGACAAGCGACUGCUGCGGUGACCGAUCGACGUAUUUCACUAAUGAACGAAUUGAUAUCUGGAAUCCGCGCACUCAAGGCGCAUGCGUGGGAAGAAAACUACCGGGCUAAGGUGCAAGACGUGAGAAGGUAAGGAAAUGGAAAUCUGGUUUUUUGGGGGGACUAAAGGAUUCUUUUUUCAGAUCGGGGGUUCAACUCUCUCUUUUUCAGACUGUCUGUCGCUUAAAUAAGCAUUCAGGUCCGAGAAAAAUCACAAAACGUCUGUAUACUGCUAAACAAUCAUCAAGCGUCUCGUUAUUAUCUCUGUUAUCUUAACUCUUAAGCGCCUCAUAAUCCUAAUCAUAGGAAAGCGACGUUACAACUAAUGUCUUGGAUGACUCGGAGCCAUCCUGGUAAUAAGGAGGCUGCUCAUUGGGAACCUGUAUAGCUGGGCAUGAUGAAGUGUUUCUAUACUACUGUUAAACGAAGAAUUCUAAAGGAAUGUACUUAUUGUUACAGACCUCCUUCCCGAGGAAAAAAGGUCAUCUAUCUUCGGCUUUAACUUAUCUUUUCCAUGCAAAACUUUCAGGAAUUCCAGAGAAAAAUCUUUUUUGGCCUAAUGAAGUUAUUGAAAAAUCAUGCCAAUUCUUCAGACUGUGCUUCCACAAACGCAUUACAGGGAUUUCAUGCCAAGAAAUCUUGAAAAAAGCCUGAAAUGGAAGAACAUCAGAUUAUUCAUUGGGCUAAAGGAGGCUCUUCUCAGAAAUUUUGAUUAUUUCCGGGUAGUAUAUGCAUCACAGCUCACUAGAAUUAUAUACAACUUUUUGGGUCAAAUCUCUUUGUAUAAAAUGCAUUUUAAGAUUUUUCUUGUUACAAUUAAAACUAAACGGUUGUGUGGUUUUUUGUGUUUCAGGGCUGAAAUUUGGAUUCUCCUUAAAAAGAGUGGCCUGUUGUCGAUAGUUGAGAGUUUACUAUUUACCUCUAGCACCGUGGCAACCUUUUUAGCAAUCUUUACCCUUAUGGCAACUGGACAAAUACUUUCGCCCACAAAAGCCUUCAUGGUACUCUCUUUCAUGAACAUACUUCGAAUAACCUUAUCUCUUCGGUUGGGUAACGCCAUUCCUUUGAUGUUUGAGCUGGUUAUCUCCUUCAGGAGGAUUGAAAGAUUUCUAUUGUUGAGUAACAUCCCUUUAGAUCCUUCAGAAUACAAAAGAAGUUCAACUGGAAAAGAAAAUGGCCUUCCAGCUUAUGUACAUUUGGAUGGUCAAAUCGUAGUAAGAAAUUGUUCACCAAACAGUGAAUCUAAAUGGUAUCUAAAUGGUAAUUCCGGGAAUCAUUUCGCAAACAAGGAACAAAAGCAUCCUGUUUAUCUAACCAAAGAUAUCCAGCAAUUUAGUGGAAUUAAAGAUCGCGGUGUACACUUGCAAGUUUCAAGGCUCACGUGUAAACUGACUGAUGCUGAGCACCAAGAAAAGUAUCUUAUUCGAGACGUUAGCUUCCAAGCUACUGAGAAAUGCCUUAUUGCUAUUAGUGGUGAGGUGGGAAGUGGAAAGUCAACCCUCUUGGCUGCGAUCGCCGGCGAAGUAACUAAAACAAGUGGCGAUGUGUCCUGUUCUGGAACUGUGGCUUAUGUUCCUCAAACUGCUUGGGUUUUCCCGGGAAGUCUUCGAGAAAACGUUUUAUUUGGUGAACCAUACGAUGAAAAGAGGUACACUGAAGUGAUCGAGGCAUGUGCACUUAAAGAGGAUAUAGGCAGGCUCCCAAAUGGUGAUCUUUCGUUUGUUGGUGAGCAUGGGGUCGCCUUGAGUGGAGGGCAGCGGGCACGUAUUAGCUUGGCACGCGCAGUUUACGUUGAUGCAGAUGUGUAUCUGCUGGAUGAUCCUCUAAGUGCAGUAGAUGCCAAAGUCAGUGAACACAUAUUCAAUGAGUGCGUUUGCAGGCUUCUUAAAGAGAAGAUUACUAUUUUAUCGACCUAUGCAGAAAGAAGCAUGAAGGUGGCAACCAAGAUUGUGGUUCUCCAUGACGGCUCUGUAACAGAAACUGGCACCUAUCGUGAAUUAGAAAAUCGCGGUGGCGUCCUGGAAUCUAUCAUAGGGGUCAACGCAACAAUAAACGAAGAAAGGGCUAUUGCCGAAUUGAAAAAUGAAGGUAAAAAAACGCACGUGACGUCCACUUCAACCAGUGGCAGCCUUGACAAUCAUUUAGAGAUCUCAGAAGAAGAAAUGGCAGCAGGGAAUAUUUCAGCAGCAUUGUACUGGGAUUAUUUUAGAGCUGGAAUGCACCCACUUGCGAUUUUUGCCGUGGUUAUUCUUUUCCUAGUUGUCCAAGGUUAGUAUAACUGAUCUUGAAUAUUGACUUCGACCUCAGCAAAGCACAACCAAAAUUCUGCAGAACAAUUAUUAGAGCUAAUCUCAACAGACAAAGGCAAUCCAAUCAAACUAUCAGAAUUCGUAGCAAAAGCGCUGCCUCCUCCACAGGUUUUCCCAAGGCUUAGUGGGGAGCACGCAACAAGCAAGAAGGGCGAGUGCUGAAACAAACUAAUCUCGUAACCAGAUCUCACUCUGUUUAACCCUGGCCGUGGGAGAUCUGGGUACGAGACUAGAAACAAACCAGAAGCGCGAGAGGGGUAUGAUGGGAACGAGGGCAGAUUAUAUCAGAUUUCCCUCCAAACGUGAUCGUGACUGAACCGAGGCAAGCAAAAUGCUUUAGUCGGGGCCAAACGGAGAGAAACGCGCGUGAUCAGACCGCCGCGAUUGCUUUUGGGUUCAUGUCCUGUUGGUUAAGGCCGAAUGCAAAGUAAAUCAGUGCCAGAAUUACUUCGAGAAGUCAUUGAAUCACUCACUAAUUUGUAUCCCACUUAAAUGCUUGCGGACAAUGCCAAGAUAUAAAGACUAAACAUGGAUUACUCUUUCUUCUCCCGUAGCUGUUAUGGUGUCUCCAAAUGUCUGGCUUUCGCAUUUGUCAAAGAUGGCUCAGAACAAACAAGAUAUGACCUCAAGCCCCCUACGUAUUUAUGCUGGGUUCACCUGCGCUGCGUUUAUAUUUGCCAUCAUCCGUGCUUGUACUUUCUUCUACAUUUCCCUCAGAUCCGCUGAAAAGCUCCACAAUAAGAUGGUAACCAACGUUCUUCAAGCUCCGGUGUUCUUUUUUGACACAAAUCCUUCAGGACGAAUUUUAAACAGAUUCUCCAAAGACAUCGGAGCAAUUGACGAGCUUUUGCCCAAAAUUUUUCUGUUGGCUUCUCAGUCGCUCAUGUUUGUGUUCACCGCAGCUCUCUUGCCAUCGUUUACAAGUUUCUGGGUCUUUUUAGUUACAGUUCCCAUUUUUAUGACUUUUGUAUUUCUGGCAUGGUACUACUUGAAGACUUCACGGGAUCUAAAGAGACUAGAGUCAAUCUGCCGCAGUCCUGUCUUCUCACACUUUUCAGAGACCAUAGCUGGCUUGGACACAAUACGAACUCGAAAAAGAGAAAAGCACUUCAUCGAGCAGCUUUAUCAGUAAGUGUAAUAGCAAUGGUUGGUGGUACUACUCUGGCAGCCACAAUUCAGUCUGACAAGUUAAAAGAAAUCCACUUUGAAGGAAAUUUGGAAAAUUUGUCGGUACAUUACUCCUUCUAGUGUCUGAUACUUUACUUCGUUUGACAUGCAAUUUCCUUUUGUUCAUUCUGUAAAUCUUUCUUUUGUUCAAUCACUCAUAUAUGCACCCGUCGGUGUCAAGACAGAAAGUAAAACGGCGAGUGGUCAACUCGCAACCAGGCUGUCCCUGGUUCGAAUCCCUCUCUGAGCACUAGCUGGAUUUGUCUCUCAAUCGUCCAGAGUUCUCGUAGUCGGGUAUGCUUGGGGAUCUCAGUCCUUUUAAAUCCCAGUUUCUAUCUAUUUGGAAUACUUAUUUGAGUGGUACGUGUAGACAAGGUGAAAAAGAUUAGUCCACUUACAGUAUAAACAAAGCGAUUACCAUUCUUUUUUUUCCCGUUUGUCGCAGAGAAUAUACGAUUCGACGAAAGAGAUCACAGCCAUGUUAACUUUCUACAAUUUUUUUUCCUUUUUCUCAGACAUCAAGAUGUACACAACCGGGUGUUUUCCAUGGUAUUAGCUAGCAGUCGAUGGCUUGGCGUAAGAGCUGAUGCCCUAUGUUCAGUUUUAAUCACUGCAGUGGCUUUGAUGGUUGUUUUUCUCUCCCAAAAUCCAGGUAUGGUCUUAUACGACGGGUGAUUUUACAGCCUUUGCCCCUUUCCAAAUCCAAGUAAAAGCAAUAACCACGUCUCUAUAUUAGCAUUUCAGCAGUAAUUUAGUAGCUAUAUAAAAAAUCAAUGAGGACGACUUUUUUCGCUGUGAGGAUGCGGCGCUUUUUCGAUUUUACAAGUGAAUAACUUGAAUAAUAUUUACCUUCUGUUGCAGCAAUAGCUGGCCUUGUCCUUGUCUACGUUAUUGAAACAUCUAACAUGUCCCAAUAUGCCGUGCGACAAUUUUCGGAGGUAGAGAAUCUCAUGACAUCAGUCGAACGAGUCAUGGCCUACUCCAGCAUCGACUCAGAACCAGGAUACAAAAUAAAAACACUCCCACCAGCAACCUGGCCUUAUACUGGUCAAGUAACUUUCAGAAAUGUUUUCCUGAGGUAUUAUCCAGGUGGACCACAAGUGCUAAAGAAUCUAACCUUUACAGCUCAAGGGAGAAGGAAGCUGGGAAUUGUUGGGCGAACAGGAGAUGGAAAAUCAUCCAUUAUAGCGGCUCUUUUGCGCAUGCCGGAAGCUGACGGGGAGAUAUGUAUAGAUGGUGUCCCUGUAAAUAGCAUCCAACUGCAGGAAUCGAGAAGAUGCAUUUCUGUUCUCGGCCAAUCGCCUGUCCUCUUUAGUGGGUCACUCAGAAGGAACCUCGAUCCUUUGGAGCAACACAGAGAUGAUGAGCUAUGGAAUGUUCUGGAAGAAGUGAAACUUCAUAAUUUGGUGAAAAAUCUGCAGGGCCAACUUGACUACGAGCUAUUAGGAAGAGGCGAAAACUUGAGUGUUGGUGAACGACAACUGGUCUGCUUGGCUCGCACUUUACUGCAACAAAGUAAGAUCGUCAUCUUGGAUGAACCGACUGCUCACGUGGACCCCAACACGGAAAGGAUCAUCUGGGGUGCAGUGUACGAGAAGCUAAAAGAUUCCACCAUCAUUACCAUAGCUCAUAGACUGAACACGAUCAAAGACUGUGAUACAAUCUUAGUGCUUAGAGAGGGCCAGGUGGCUGAGAUGGACACCAUUGAAUCACUUCUUGGACGGGAGGGGGGUAUUUUUAAUAACAUGGCCGCGUCUCAAAAUUUUUGCUAUUAGAGCGUCUAUUAAUCAAACAUGUCAUACUUUACUGAGAAGGUCUAUUUCAGCUAAUAGUUAGCAUUUCGGAACCAAAGACUGAUUAAGCCUCUAAAUGAGUCACGUAAACAUAAGUUAGGCCAAAAUUUAGCCCUAUCAGGACAGAGCUAUUUCAAAUGGAUAAUAGGACUGUAGUGUUGCCUCGGAGGUGAGCAACAUCUAGGUUGUGUGGGGACUGAGACACAAUAAAUUGGCCUGUCAAAGGACUUGUCAAACUAAAAAUUGGCCACCGUUUAGAGAUUGGGAAGCUAACCCUGCAGCCCAUUCUGAGACACAUUUCAGUCUUUUGGGUCCAUCAGCUCUUGCAUGUUAUUUUAAGAAUUACUUAACGGUUGCAUUCCUUGGGGAUCAUUAUUCCCAUUUAGUGUAUUGAUUACCGGUACCACCUAUUAUAAAACAGCAGUCUCUUAAUUUAUUUCCAUGUGAUAUGUGCAAAGCAAUGUGUGCGCUACUCCAGACAUUCUCAUCAGUGCAUUGUUGAGCAACAAAACUCGGUGAUCGGUAAUUGAAACUCAUAGCAACAAAAAUAAGUCAGUUUCGUAUUUUAAGAAAUUGCUAAAGAAAAUUUGGUUGCCUUUACUUUUCUAAAUGAUAAAAUGGUUUUAAGCUAUAUUUUCAAUAGUUAGCUAAUUAUAGCAAGACUUUUCAAAAAGUCUCUUCUUAUGGACAGUACGCUUCAACGGUUGUACUUUAAUGGGUUCAGUUUUUAUGGUCGAGCCAAACCUCUUGAGGGAAAUCAUCUGCCUUAAUUACACGAGUUGAAAUUUUCACAAAGUAUCAUCUCAAAUCUUGCUUUAGCGAUUUAAUUUGAACAGGACUUCUUGUCAUCCAAUUCUGCUACAAGAUAUGGGUCAGACUCCUAUUACCAAGCUGAUACUGCAGCCGCAAAGGGCCUGAUCGUAACUGUUCUUUUGCCGUAUUGCUAGCUUUGCAAUUGUGCUGGCUUUAUUACCCCUGUUGAUGUUAUUCGAGGAAUCCUCACGCCAUAGUACCUUUUUUCAUGUGGGUGUACUAGUAAGAGCCUCAAUAAAAGUUUACCUCGUUCUAGUGCGAC